CUCCCUCUCCCGCGUCUUGCAAUGAAGUCCCUCUUCGUUUUCGCAAUCCUUGGCGUCGUUGUGGCCGACCGCCGCAACGGAUUCAACGGAAAUGGUAACGGUUAUGGAGCACCUCCGCCUCCUAGCAACGGAUAUGGUACACCCACUAACGGAUUCAACGGAAAUGGAAACGGUAACGGCUACGGAGCACCUCCGCCUCCCAGUUAUGCAACUCCCAGAAACACCUAUGGCACGCCCAACGGUGCCUACGGAGUAGACCCUGAGAUUGCCGCUUUGGCCGAGAACAUUCCUGGGGGCGGCGUCCCCGGCGAGGACUACCCCAUCUUGGCUUCUGUGCCCGACACCGGCUUCUCGUGCGAUGCCCAGGCGGUGCAAGGUUAUUACGCCGACACUGCGCCUGAAGCCGGCUGCCAGGUGUUCCAUAUCUGCCAGGACCGUGCCCUCAGGCGCCAACAGGACUCGUUCCUGUGCCCCAAAGGUACCAUCUUCAACCAGCAGUACCUGGUAUGUGACUGGUGGUUCAACGUGGACUGUUCUCAAGCUGAGAGCUUCUACUCCGUCAACGAACUCAUCGGAGUCCUUCCCGACGCCGGAUACGCCUAUGGACCCCCCACCAACGGUAAUGGUAACGGUUAUGGCUCUAACGGCAACGGUAGGAACGGAAACGGGAGGAAUGGAAGCAAUGGAUACGGCUCCAACGGAAACGGAGGCAGCAACGGCAACGGCUACGGUGCCCCCACUACUUCAAGCAAUGCCUAUGGUGCCCCAACUGCCCCAUCCAACUCCUAUGGAACUCCUUUCUAAGCUGAAUUUGAAGGAUCUCAUAUUAAUAUACUUAAUAUAAACUAGACUUUAUAGGGACAUAACCUGUAUUCUUAGUAUCUGUUGUUCAUUAUUUCACUCUCCAUCUAUCUAGUUGUCACUGUUUCCUAUACAAAGGAUUUGAUUUACGCGCUUAAUCUGUCGACACAAGAAUUUGUAAAUAUCUAUAUUUUGAAAUAAAAUAAGAAUCAUU